CAUCCAUACUCCAUUUUUCGUAUAAAUGCAAAUGACUUCAAAAUCAUGGUAAAAUUCCGCCUCGGCCUCUCAAACUCAGCUGAAAACAAUGGAGAAUCUGGCAAAGCAACACGACGGCGAUUUGAAUCCAUCUCUCAAACUGGCGGUAGCGAUGGCUAUUGUUGAAUCUCGGCGUCGCCGGAAGAUUCCUCCUCCUUCAGCCACUACAGAAGCCGCCGGCGACGGCGAUUCCCAAGCAGUCCGCGGCACCAACUCGGAAUCCGAUGCUAUCAAAUGGAAAACAAAGAGUGUAUCAUGUAAAUGCUAUUUCUUUGAUAAUUUGGGAAGGCUAAGCCCUAAGCAUGAGUCUGAGCAGAAGAGAUUUGGGGAUGUGCUUCGUCGUAGGUUUCUCAGACAAGUUAGAUUAAGUGAGAGAAAGAGAAUAAGGCUUGAUGGCGCGGUAGGUCAAUCCUGCAUUUCAGAUAGUGAUAUUGACAAUGGAAUGGAGCAACUGCGAGCUUCAGUAGAUUUUCUUGUGGAGCUUUGUGAGACGUCGUCUCCUAAUGGAGCAGCUAAAGGCAGUUUAAAAAAUUGGUCGCAUCAAGCUGUUGACUUUAUUCUGGCUACAUUGAACACUCUUUCAUCUGGUGGAAAAAAAGAUGAUAUGGUUGAAAGUAUUAUAAGUAGCUUAAUAGUCCGGCUAAUGAGAAGGAUGUGCAAUGGUUCACAAGGAGAUGAGUUGGUUCAAGAUCACUGCGAUUUCCAGUUUUAUGUUCAGCACUUGUUGCGUAAGCUUGGGACUGAUUCUUAUGUUGGCCAGCGACUGAUCCUUUCAGUUUCUCAGAGAAUUUCUAUAGUUGCAGAAAGUUUACUAGUUAUGGAUCCAUUUGAUGGUGCCUUCCCCAAAAUGCAUAAUGGCAUGUACCUAAUGAUUCAACUUAUCGAGUUCCUGAUUUCAGACUGCUUAAUUUCUUGGUCGACUAGGCAAGACUUUGAUACGAAGCUUCUGGAAGAAUGGAUUGUAUCCGUUUUCAGUGCUCGAAAAGCAUUGGAGCUCUUGGAGACCAGGAAUACACUAUACGCGUUGUACAUGGAUCGUGUGGUUGGGGCUUUGACUAGGCAUCUCGGUCAACCUUCUCUAAAAGACAAGCUACGACCCAAUACUCUUGAGAAAUUGUUCGGCUGACCGUCACUAAUGAUACCAGUCGUAACUCCCGACAGACAAACCUCAAAAUCUCCGAGUGAUAUCCACACGAGCUUAUCAUCAGUUGGUGAUAUGCAGCUUGUGAUGGGUUCCCGUAAAAUGGUGGUCCAGAUCAAGAAGAGGCUUCGAACGAUACCUGCAAGUGCCGGUCGUGUGGGGCCAAGAUCAUCGGCCGCCGGUGGAAAAACAGCUGUGCUGCAAGUGUGUUUUGUUAUGGGUUUCUCUCUUCUCUUCUUGCUCUAGAACAUGUGGCUAAAUAUUGUCGAGAUUUGGGUUGAUUUGCUCUCUAUGUAUCAGUUAGUUUCUGUAUAUAUGCAUAUAUAUGUUCAAAUGAUAGAUAAGUUGAAAACUUUUAUGUGUUUGGGUUUGCCAGUGAGUGCUUCUGAUUUGGUAACAUUUGUACUGUAAGAAAAUAAUGAAAUUACAACUGAAAAUUUCGAUAGAAAUAUAUUAUAAUGGAAUUAUUCCAACGGCAAUUCCAAUGGA